AUGGAGGCUGCAGAGGGGGCCAAACUUCCUCCAUACCUCUCUCCGGAUCGAGAGAUCCAUGUCGUGAUAUCCAUCGCUUCUGGCUUACGCGGCGCUCAGUCUUACUACGAUGACACACUCAAACCAAUCCUGGAAACACAUUCGGUCAAGCACACCGUACACACCACCAAAUCCGCUAGCAGCAUCAUCGAGCUCUGUAACACCACCAUCCUCAUCGCUGCUACGAAAGGCGCCAAGCAAACCAUCCUCCUACUCUCUGGCGAUGGCGGGAUCGUCGACUUUGUGAACACGCUAUCCACUCUGCUGAUGCGCGACACGUAUGACUCGCGCGUCGGCUCCAUCUUCGUCAAGCCAGUCGUCGUACUCUUCCCUCAAGGUACUGCCAAUGCGCUGGCCUGGAGCAGCAAAGUUGCUCUGGAUCCUAUCCAGACGAUGCUGAAUGGCCAUCCCCGACCACUGCCACAGUUCGAGGCGACCUUCAGUCCUGGCUCAACCCUCGUCACAAACGAAGGUGCCGACCGGGAAGACAUGGGUACUAAUUACGAUGGCGAUGCAGCAGUCAUCUAUGGCGCUGUUGUCUUCAGUUGGGGCCUGCACGCCUCGCUGGUGUCCAUGAGCGACACGACCGAGUACCGCAAACACGGCACCGACCGUUUCAAAAUGGCUGCCGAAAAGCUACUAACCGAAGGCCACGUCUACCAGGGCAUCGUCAAAACCCGUCAAGGACGAGACGGCGAAUGGAAGCAUCUCACCUACCCCAGCACCGACAAUGCCACAACAGCCAACAAAGCAGAUCGCCAUGCCUACGUCCUUUGCCCGCUCGUCUCCAACCUAGAGCAGACCUUCUGCAUCUCCCCCGCCACCGAAGCCGUCUCAAACACCAUGCGCUUCCUCGCCAUCGACCCGGAAAAGGGCUCCGAAGAAAUCAUGCGUGUCCUCAUGCUCGCCUACCAGAAUGGCGCCCACGUCACCGAGCCAACAGUCACAUACGAGGAAAUCGACGGGCUGAGGAUAGAGUUCCAGGAAGAAGACGCACAGUGGCGGCAGGUCUGCGUGGACGGCAAGAUCAUCGAAGUGCCUCGCGGCGGCUGGGCCGAGGUGCGCAUGCUCCCUCCCAUGGGAAUGGACGGUCGGCGCGUGUUGGAACUCGUGGUGCCGACCUGA